CCGCGCUCAUAGCACGACGACGAGGAACGGAGUCCUUCGCUUCUCGCGCGCGCGCGCGCGACGUGUUUCGCGUGGGGCGUCAGUGACGACCCCGGCGUUCCACAGCUCCGCGGGUUGUGCCGUCGUGGUGAAGGGCGGCUCUGUAACGAAGUCAAUCGCCGAGCAGCUCGCUGCUUGCCCUGGUUGGGCGCGAUCGGCGACGACGGGAGCGAAGGUGGCGCACGGGCUGUGUUUCAUCUUGCCGCGUGCGUCGGCGAUGCUAUGGCAGGAGCCCGGAGCAUGCUGCUCGACUGGACGUGCGACUGUCAGUGGAUAUUGGGUCUUAUCCGCAAGACGCUAUCGCCCAGCGUGGAGGGCGAGACGGGAGCCUCCGUGGGCGUCGACCGGCAGGCCUCCGCUCACGGGCCCUCCGUCCCCGGGGCGCCGGCGCCGCAGGCCCACCACGCUCCUCCUCCUCACCCCCACCAGGCGCACGGCCCGCGGUCUGGCCAGGCCGAGGGGCCCGCGGGGCCGGAGCGGCACCCACCCCAGCUGCGGUCGUCGCCGCCGUCCUUCCACCACCCGUCGGCGGCGGCGGCGGCGUCGUCGCGGCGCCUCCGCCUGCAGCACGGCUGCUCCGUCAACUCGUCGUCGGCGUCGUCGUCGUCCGCCUCUGCGUCGUCCGCCUUCGCCAAGAAGCACGUGGAGGAGGAGGCGAUCAAGCGCUCGCGCUCGCUGUCAGGCACCUACGAGCUCUCGGCCGACCUCCAGGACAAGCAGGUGGAGAUGCUCGAGAGGAAGUACGGCGGCCACUUCCUGACCAGCAGGGCGGCGUCCACCAUCCAGUCGGCCUUCCGCCAGUACCAAAUGAACAAGAACUUUGAGCGACUCCGCUGCUGCCUCUCCGAGAGCCGCCUGCCGCGCCGCCUCGCGCUCGCCUCCAUGCGCUCGCAGCUCUCGCUCGAGGGGGCCGACGCGGGCGCCGGCGCCUCCCGCUCCUCCUUCGGCGAGGGCGAGCCGGCCUCGGCGUCGAAGGGGUCACCGCCCGGGCGGACGCGGCACGGCGGAGAGCCGGCGCCGCGCGACGGCGCAGGCAUCGGCGCCGCGAGCGAGCAGCCGCCCCGGCUGCCCCCGACCGACUCGCGGGACGACGGCGACGCGGCGGCGGCGGGGGGGAUGCACGGCGGCUUCGGGCUGGCGUCGGCGCUCGGCAUGGACCUCUCGGCGCUGUCGGCGCUGUCGGCGCCGGACGACUUCGCCGACACCAUCACGGAGCUGGAGGACGCCUUCUCGCGCCAGGUUAAGUCGCUCGCCGAGUCCAUCGACGACGCGCUGGUGAGCCGCGGCUGCCUGCGGCUGGGCAACAACGCCCGCCGGUCGGAGACGCCUAUCGCCCGGAGCCCGAGCGCCGCCGCCGCCGCCUGCCGGGCCGGUGCGGCGGACGACGGCGGCGGCGCCGCCCCGGGGUGCUCGGGGUCGAGGGGCGACGCCGCGCGCGAGGAGGCAGGUGCCGUCGCCGUUCCGCCCGCUCCGCCCGCUCCGUACGACGACGACGACGCCGACCCCGUGGCGUUCACGGCGGGGGACUUCCCGCUGCCGCCACCGCCGCCGCAGUUUUCUCCGCAGCAGAGCACGCAGGCGGAGGGUGACGAACCCAUCACGGUCCCCCCAGAGGGGGGCCCGGACUCGACCCCGGCGCCGAUCAUCGUCGCGGCGGCGGACGCGAAUGAAGCGGCGGCCUCUAUCGGCAACACCGUGGUGACGGUGGUGGUCACCGAUCAGCACGGUGGGCAGCUGCGGCAGCAGCAGCAGCAGGCGAGGGAUGCUCGGAAGCAUGACGCACGAGGGGGGGACGCGGGCGAACGGGGCGCGCGCCGCGCGGAGCCCUGCGACCUGGUGCGCUGCUCGUCGGAGAGCCGCGAGGGCCCUUCGGCGGCGCGGCUCGGCGUCGGCCGGGGCCAGCAGAGGCGCGUCUCCUGCCCUGAGUGCGGCGGCGCCGGCGGACCGCCGGCGACGGGGCCGGGCUGCGCGCGGCUCCCCCUGCUGACGGUGGAGCCGGCGAGCGACAGCUCCCUGGACGCCGGGAGCGAGCGGGCGGAGAGGGUGGCGCUGAAGCGGCAGGACGCGCGUGACGACCAGGAGGGCAGCCCCACGCACGGUGGAGCGGCGAGGUCCCAGCAGCAGCGACGGCAGCAGCAGCAGCAGCAGCACCGGCAGGCGGCCGCGGAUGACGUAGCGCCCAUAGUCAUCGUGAAGCGACGCACAGGCCGGCACACCGAUGGGGGCCACCUGGGCGUGAACGGAGGCGGCGCGGUGAAGCCGACGGCUGCCCCCUGCGUGCCGUCGUCCUCCUCCGCCGCCGCCGGCAACGCCGCCGGCAACACCGGCACGCACCGCCGCGCCAGCCGCUCCGAGUCGGACUUCUCCGACGGCGAGGACGGCGAGAACGAGAGCGUCAACUCGGUGAACUCCAACUCAAACGAGACGGCCAACUGCAGCUCGGGCUCGUCGUCGCGCGACAGCCUCCGCGGGGAAGCCGCCGCGGCCGCCGCCGCGCUCAGCCGCCCCUCGUACCACCGGGAGACCCGGCACAGCUGGGACUCGCCCGCCUUCAGCAACGACACCCUGCGCAAGCGCCACUACCGCAUCGGCCUCAACCUCUUCAACAAGAAACCGGAGCGCGGGAUCCAGUUUUUGAUCGAGCGCGGCUUCGUGCCGGACAUGCCGGUCGGGGUGGCGCACUUCCUCCUGCAGCGCAAGGGGCUGAGCCGCCAGAUGAUCGGGGAGUACCUAGGCAACCGGCAGAAGCAGUUCAAUCACGACGUCCUCGACUGCGUGGUGGACGAGAUGGACUUCUCCGCGAUGGAGCUGGACGAGGCCCUGCGAAAGUUCCAGGCUCACAUCCGUGUGCAGGGCGAGGCGCAGAAGGUGGAGCGGCUCAUCGAGGCGUUCAGCCAGCGCUACUGCCUGUGCAACCCGGACGUCGUGCAGCAGUACCACAACCCGGACACCAUCUUCAUCCUCGCCUUCGCCAUCAUCCUGCUCAACACCGACAUGUACAGCCCCAACGUAAAGCCCGAGCGCAAGAUGCGGCUCGACGACUUCGUGAAGAACCUGCGAGGCGUGGACGAUGGCGCCGACAUCCCACGGGAGAUCCUGGUCGGGAUCUACGAGCGGAUCCAGAAGCAGGAGCUGAGGACCAACGACGACCACGUCACGCAGGUCACCAAGGUGGAGAAGUCCAUCGUCGGCAAGAAACCGGCCCUGUCGCUGCCCCACCGCCGUCUCGUCUGCUACUGCCGUCUCUUCGAGGUUCCCGACCCAACCAAGCCGCAGAAGCUGGGGCUCCACCAGAGGGAGAUCUUCCUCUUCAACGACCUCCUCGUGGUGACCAAGAUUUUCCAGCGCAAGAAGAACGCGGUGAUGUACAGCUUCCGCCAGUCCUUCUCGCUCUACGGGAUGCAGGUCCACCUCUUCGAGAACCAGUUCUACCCCCACGGCAUCAAGAUCAUGUCGGCGGUGCCGGGCGCCGAGACCAAGGUGCUGGCGCUGUUCAACGCCCCGAACCCGCAGGACCGCAAGAAGUUCGUGGACGACCUGAAGGAGUCGAUCGCCGAGGUCCAGGAGAUGGAGAAGCACCGCAUCGAGACCGAGCUGGAGAAGCAGAAGGGCGUCGUGCGUGGGGGCGGCCAGGGCCAGGGCCGCUCGGGCAGCAAGAAGGAGAGCGGCGCUCGGUGCCGGGCCCGCGGCGCCAGCAACAACGGCGCGCUGGGGGGGCGGGCGAGCAUGGACGACGGCUACGGCUACGCGGCCGGCGAGGGCCUCAAGCGCAGCACGCUCAGCAGCUCGCUGAGGGACCUCUCCGACGUGGGCAAGCGUGGUCGCAGGGGGAGUGCCGGUUCCCUAGACAGCAACAUCGAACAGGGCUCCAUGCUGGGCAGUCCGCACAUGGCUCGACGGGCCUACUCGGGCAGUGAAGGUGGCGGGCGGACUUCAAUACGAGCUCAGCGGCCUUCCAGCCUGCAAAUACAACCACUGCCGCAGCAGCAGAUGCAGCCGCCGCAGCAGCAGCCGCAACAGCAGCAGCAGCAGCCGCAACAGCAGCAGCAGCCGCAACAGCAGCUGCAAGAGGUUCAGCAGCAGCAGCCACCGCCACUGCCGGUUGCCGUGCAGGUGGCACAAACAUCGUCGAGCGGAACUACGACUCCCGUGCCAGGCUCCGCGUCGAUCCUCGGCUCGCUGUUCAGCGGCAAGCGCGCCAAGACGCCCGUGCCGCAGGGCAAUGUGCCGUCGUCAUCGUCCUCUGCCAGGCACCACCAUCACCACCACGGAGGAGGAGGACACCACCACCAUCACCACCACCAGCAGGCGCAACAGCAGACGGUCCCAGCCUCGGUCUCGGCAGCGGUGACCACCGUGACGGUGGAGGUGACGCAGCAGCAACAGCAGCUGCAGCAGCAGCAGCAAAUUCUGCAGCAGCAGCAGCAGCUGCAGCUGCACAAGUGCGACGUGGCGGUUGGUGCGGCCCAGGUGGCCGCGGGUCCCGGGGUGCUGGUGCCCAUGGGCUCGGCUCCACCACCUCCGCCGCCACCGCCGCCUCCACCGCCGCUGCCGUUACCCCUGUCCCUGCCCGCUCCUCCUCCCACUCUUCCCUCGCAGCACCUGGUGCAGUACCACGGGCCGCCGCCUUCCCAAGCGCAGCUAUCGACGUCGCCGCAGCCUGCGGUGCAGCAGCAGCAACAGCAUCUGUGUCACCACCACCAGCACGCGCACGCGCACCACCACCGCCACCACCACCACCAUCCGCCUCCGCCGCCACCUCCGCAACAGCAGCAGCACCACCACCACCACCACCCGCACCACCACGCCCACCACCACGCCCACCACCAGCAGCUGCAGCUGCAGCACGCGCUGCACCACCACCACGGACGGCACCACGCGAUGCACGUGCACGCCGCCCACGCCGCUCACCCGGCGCUGCCGCAGCCGCAGCCGCCGCCGCUGCCCGUCGCGCCCAAACCAAAGGCCUCCUCUUCCAGCAUCAGCACCACCGUGUAGGGGCCCCGCGCGUGGGCCCACGCCGCACGGCGCGGUCCGCCCGGAGCACCGGCGACGACUGGACGGAGCCCGUAGGGCCCUGUCCCCCAUCCCUCCCCCACCAAUCUCUCUCUUUAACCCUUUCCAUCGCCUCAAUGGCCUUCAAGCGAUCGAUGAGUGGUGGUAGUGGUGGUGCUGAUGGUGGUUGGCAGAGGAAAUUAGAGGUUUCGAGCGAGAUGGUGAUUAAUGGGUUUAUGUUGACAGCGGGUAUUUUUUUUUGAGUGUGCGCGUGAUGCCUGCUAAAUGCUCUUCACCCGUUAUGAUUUUUUUGGGACCCGUUAUAUCAUAGCGUACGCCACGGAAUAAUGAACUUUUCAAGCUCAGCACAGAUGCCUGCAACAGCUUUUGCCGUUCUCAAACCUCGCAGGACUAAACAACAACAACAACAACAAAAAGACAUCUGAAAAAAAACUAUUUUAGUUUUAAUGAAUGGUAAAAAAAAACUGAACUAACGUACAAUAAUGGGAGAUGCGUGGGUACACAUCACAGGUACUUCUUCCCUGAAUGUGUUCGUAUGUUUCUGUUGCACUGUAACGCUUUUCGUUGCUCGCAGUAAAUCUGCGUUCACUUUUUUUUUCUGUUGCACUAUAUUUGUUUCCGAAAGGGCCUGAAAUUGAUCUUGCAAACCCCUCCAUCUCCGUGUAAGAAAUUUUUAAACGAUGUUAAACGUAGAGGACAAAUUCACUCAUCUGUGCGUAGCAUACAAACGCUCAACAACAUAACAUGAACAUAUUCCGGUUUUAAUUGAGCAAACGAGCCUGCGGACGGACGUGACGGAGACAUUUAAGCCACGCGAUAUUUAUUAAAAGCAAGUUGCUUUUUUGGUUUGUUGUAAAAAUGGUACUACCGUUCGACGCGCGAGGUUUUUUUCUUUUGUUUGGGCCGAGAAGUGACGUCGGCAAAGAGCUAACUACAACGUCCUCUGAAAGCGAGGUUCAGCUUAGCGCCAGGGGAUGGGGAAACCUGACGCUACAGAUGCCGCGUGCGGCCCUCAAAGCGACCGCUUCGCGAGACGUUAUUUAUUAAGGGCCAGUCGUCUCGCGAUUAACGCUGCUGCAUUGGCGCCUCUUGGGAUGUCGAGGUCUGUUUCUUGUCGUUGUUUUACCGAGCUCGAACAAAAACGUCUCUUCUCGUUACAUUGGGUUGCCGACCUCCUGAGCGAGCGUGACCGUGAACAUCCGCGUGCUGUGUACACGUCCGAUGUGCACGCCAAGUGUAGGCGCACAACGGGCAACGCCGCGUGUGAUUUCACCUCGUUUACGUACGUACGUUGAACUUCUUUCGCACCGCGCGUAGCUAACCGUGCUAAUCGGAGGUGCGGGGUGAGGUGGACGCGAGCGGGGAUUCGUUUCACGGGAUGCCUCGUCGUGUCUGUCUUGAUGCAAGGCCACGACGUCACGGCUACAGUUAAGUUUGACUUCAUUUCCACCUCCGAGACGUUGGGACUGCCACGCGUCAAGCAGAGUGCGUGGGAGAAUGCACCCCCCCCCCCCCCCACUAACACGAGCACCCCCCCCCCCCCCACCCCCUGACUCACUGCGUAAAGGAUUUAAAAGAAUGCCUUUGGGAAAAAAAUUAAAUGGAGAAAUGCUGUGAAAAAUAUCUUCCAUGUCCGUUCUUGGACACGCGGUGCUAUGCACCGCUCUGUGAGAUUUCCCAAUGGAUUCGUUUCAUGGCGCGAUACUGGUGGUACAAUUGGAAUUCAUUUGGGGGAAAAUGACCGACAAAGCAGCCUGCGAUAGAAGGCGACCGACCUUAAAUGUAAACUUCUAAACCUAAGUUUAAAGGUUCUUAAACAAAUGAACAAACGUAUUUAAUUAAUUUGAAUCAAUACAUCAAUAAGCGUUGGUCUGCUCGCCAAACAUUUCUCGUUUCUGUACGUGGUGCAAACUCCACAUUUCCUUGACGAGGACCAGUUUAUCCAUAGGAUAAGGACCCUUGGCUUCCACACCCAGUGGUGCUCAUUUGAUGUCAAUCCACCACUGAAUGAAGGACACCCCCAACUCCGUGUUGAUCAUGGAGUUAAAUUUCGAUUUAAAGCUUUCGUGACUGCAGGGAUUCAUCUUCUUGGUUCUUUCGGUAAAGUCACGUAGAAUGGAAAUAAUAAAAUAAUAAUAAAAAUAAAACAUAAUAAAAUAAUUCUCACGACGUUUCGGCCACAACGCAAGCAGCCGUCCUCAGGUGAAGAACAGGUCUGUGUGGCCGAAACGUCGUGAGAAUUAUUUUAUUAUGUUUAAUUUUUAUUAUUUUAUUAUUUCCAUUCUACGUGACUUUACCGAAAGAACCGAGAAGAUCAUGGAGUUGUCUGACCAUACUUCACCACGCUGGUCAGUGCGGCUUGGUGAAGGAAAAGGCCCCAGUGCCGGUUCUGAACAUCGUUCGCUAUUGUUGGCAGCCGUGGAAGGGAAUUCGAACUCGGGUCGCCGGGUUCAUGGUGCGAUGCGCAAACCACUGCGCCCCACCUCGCCACCCGCGAGUGGCAGUGGUGAUCUCUUCAAUGCCCCUUUUGCCAUAACACCACAUUUAGAUGCCAUCAUAUUGCGUUGCAAUAGCUCAGGCUUUACUUUGUCAAAGACCUAAACAAGCGAUUGUUUUUUUUUUGGUGGGGAUUUCUCGAUAGUGAUUUUAAGCAAACGAUUUUUUUUGCGAAAUAAAAUAACAUGCAGUCCAUCUGAUAACGUGAGUACUUACGGCGCCAUAGCAUUGCCACGCCCGCGCGCACGCCAGCCACUGUUAUGUUAAGGGAUGGUUUGACUGAAUUUGGGAUCGCAGACUGCAGUGUGAGACAUGGGUUGCAGCGUCGAGCGUGAUGAGGAUAGGGCAUCAACCGCACGCUCAGCUGAGCCACCCACGUGGUUCAUGAAGACGCCCGUCAUUUGAAAGUCACGAUGAGCCCCGUGCUCUUGAAUGUAAACAUAAUCAUCCACCAAGGGUGGAGCGGUCGCUCCCCCCCCCCUUUUUUUGUUGCUGAUUAGUGGCCGUGGGGUCUGCCCCCUCUGGAGGGAUUUCUCCCACGAGCAGUCUCGUUAAUUUCCCUGGGGCGCCAUCGAUUGGUCCAAGUUGCCGGCAAAGUUCUGUUUAAUCUUUGAGCAGCGAGGCAUCUCUUCCCCCCCUCCCGCACGCAAUCGCUCCGCACCCGCAAAAACCGCCGACUCUCCGCCCCCCCCACCCCGCCCGCCCGCACCAUCCCAUCGUUUAGUGCGGCUGCGGCGGAGAUCGAUAGGAAAUUAAGCUGUCGCUACACAUUUCCCUGCUUUAGAAUGCAGCCCAAAGCAAGCCCGAGGGUAAUGCGCCAGGACUCGUUCCCACCCCCCGACGAAACUAAUGGACAUAUGUAAAAAAAAAGAGCUUCAUAGCUUAUCGGAUUUCUCCAGGACAAGUAAAUAUUCUGAGACGUGGCCACGUUGGGCGUCGCUUCGCUGCGGCAGCACGUGUCGCCGUGCGGGGGCUCGCAACCCGGGCAAAGUGUGAGGAAUGGCUCGAAUUCAGAUAUCCGUGAUGAAGUGCUUCAUAGAUCAUCGGAUUUUUUUUCCUCCAGGAUUAACAAAGGUUCUGCAUCGUAACGAUUUAAGGAAGCCACGGGGCAGAGCGACAUUGUGGACUCGGAGAGGAAGGAUGCUGAAAAGUUGCUCCAUUUUUUAUCUUUAAAUUAAAAAGAAUUUGAUCAUCAAUUGUUUCCAUUUUUUUUAUAAAGACUUAGCUCGCAGUGUAGGAUAUCUGUGGGUGUAUCCGUUAUACAUGAGCGUCCACCGCAAAGGCAGAUAACUACAUCAGGCAACCUUAACUCACUGGUGGAUUGAACAUCACCUCUGAAGGUCCCACGUUGGGUUUAUUCGAUUUCACAUUUGCCAUCUCAAAUACCGUGACUUAAGGACAACGGUUCUUUUGCAGAUAACAGCGCCCCUAGUAUAGUACCAGCGUCGAUUGUUAUCUUAAUUGGAAUUGAAAUAAAUAACUAAACGACCGGUCAGUGAAUAGUUUUCGGGGUGAAGUGAUUGAGAAAAUCAGUAAGUCACCCUGCCUGUUGGUCUUCUUGUUUCGUUCCAAAUUUGAGUAGCCAUCGCACAGUCAAUCGCGGGAGCCCUCUAGAGCCGAGCCAAAUGCUGUACCAUCGGCGAAGAGUUUUGGUGGAAGGAAGCGCAUGCAGAAUUAUGUUCUGCCAGGCUGGCCGUGGGGGCUGGGAUCCAUCACCGGACAGAUUUGACCUUGACCUUGACCAAGCCGCAUGAUGAAGGGAGGGAGGGGCAGGUUUCCUUUGCUCGCCGGCUCUGGUGGUUAAACGCGCCCCAAAACCCUGGCCAAUUAAAGUGACUGCGGACUAAUUGGAGUGCCCACUUUGAACAACAACGCAAUGACAAAAAGGCACGCCUUUAAAAAAAAAAUAACUGCACGGGAAUUGACGGUGACGUUAAUUAAACGUUUGAACGCAUUUCGAGAAAGACCACUCACUUGCCUCCAGCAAUCAGCCACGCGCAGUGCUAUUAAUCGUUUCCAGAGGCCGCUUGACACGGUGAGUAUAUAAAGUUUGGACGUGACUCGCGGGUUGUCUAUAUACAGUCCAUGUAUAAUAAGGCAUAUGCACACAUAAUGUACAAUUUAUGGAUAUAUACCAUGCUUUAUUUGCUAUAUAUUACUGUACGGUGCUUUUCCAUAAGCCGGCCCUAUUAUUUGUGAUUAUCUGUCAAAGAGGCUUACGAAUGGACACGUUGGUUGGCACUUUUCAGGAGGUUACAAAACGACCGAUCAAGACGAGCCGACGACGCGUACAGUCAUUGGGUUUGUUUUUCAAUAAUGCAGGUUUUUGUUGGGUUAGAUCGCGUAGAUUAAAAAAAUAAAAAUGUGUCGUUAAAACCGCCACCACCCGACAAAGCCAAUUAGUAAGGUUUGUAGCGUAAACAAAACGUGCCAAUUCGUUACUAGUACAGCACACCGGUGUGUUUGAGAGUAAACACACACCAUUUACGCGAUCUAACCCACCAAAAAAAAACUCUCAUUAUGGACUAUUUUUGUCGCGAAAGCCCACGUUUGUGAUCAACUGCUUUUCGUUUGUUGCACCGACGCGAACAAAUCGCCGCCAACUGCAUGACAACGGAAAUCGACCUGGCGAUGCUUUGCGGCGUCGAAGCUGAUUGCCGGCGGGCGGAGGAGAGGCUUAGGAGAGGUUUAGUUGAAUAGUACGGAGGGAGUGGCGGAUGAGUGCUCGGCAUCGCCGCUCUCUCUGUGUGUUCACCUGUAAGGGCGGUGAAACGCAGCCCAGCGGUAGUUCGUUCGCGAUGGCGAAAUGGCAACUACCUCGCCUGGUAUACAAGAAGGGUCGUGGGUUCGAUCCCGAUCCCGACCCCUGACGCCUGCUGCUGUAUAUUUCGAGUUUGCAUGACUCUCUCUCUCUCUCCUCCCCGUGGUCGCGUAUGAUUUUUCUCCGGGUCCUACGGGGUUUCCUUCCACGUUUGGAAACGUGCAAUUUAGAGUGGUCUGGCUGCUAUAAAUGUCCACGUGAUAAGCCACUUCGUUGAGCUAUCAUUUGUGGCCCCAGUCGCUUCUGGAGAAGAGCUGUAUAGCUCAGUGAGCCUUACCGAGUAAAAUAAAUUAAAGUAUCUACAUCAUGGGACCUCCUUUUGUUGCCAGAAAAAAAGGGGAAAACCUAUUUUCAUAAAUUCAAGCAGUCGGAAUAGUAUAGUUGAAUAGUUUAAUACUGCGGGUUUAUGAGACUUCUAAACUCGACGACUUCCUAACUGCCCACUUCACGGCGCCCAUUAACAAUCCCGUGGCGCCAUUCGUAAGAGUUUGGCCACUGUGUGCCGGCGACGUGGUCUAAAAUUCGAAAAUUGCACCGCAAAUUUCUCAAAAAUUAUCGCCAACGGGGAAAACUUUAUCACUCGGUGAGGUUUUCUUGGGUCGGCAAGCAUAGUCAUAACAAUUAUAACAAAUAUGAUAAUCAUACAGAACCUCCUUGUGACCCGUCUGCUGAAAUUGGCCAGGGUACUUUUAUUUCAUUGUCCAAGUGCCUCCGUGAAUUGUAAGCGGGGGUCGGGGGGGGGGGAAAGUCUGCGGAUUUGUGCGCGAUGAGCAUGCGGCAUAUAUACAUGCGUGCCCCAUGGGUGCAAUAUAUAUAUGCGGUUUAGGCAUGUUGGUUCUUAUUGACCUCGUCCAAAGUCAUUCUGGUGCCUCAUCGCCGACUCUGCGUUACGAUGGACCCCGUACACGCUGUCACGUCUCUCUGCUGCCAGAAUUACAUUGGGAAGGCUGCCCGUGGAGGGAGAGAGAGGCUCUACGCCCAAGUCGCUGCCCUCUUCAAAUACAAUCGCGGGACAAUGAGCACGGCUUAGUUUCUCACUUUAUAUUUUGUUGAAAAAGCUGCCGCCAAGGCUGGCUUUGAGUGGCGAUUAUCAGCGCAAGCGAGAGAGGCACGAGCUAUGGCUGAUAUUAUUGUGCACCGUAUAUUCCCGUAAUCCCGAGAACAACACAAGUGUCACGAGGACACAACACAGCGAGAUGGAUGUGGAGUGCCAGCAUUAUUACACCCACCCCCACCCACCCCCAUGGAACAGCAUUUCCGGGACUGACCCAGGUUGAUGAAAGAAGGGACGUGACCGCGUGAAUUGGCGACAGACAAAGCCUUGAGUGACGUUUGUAUACUGGAGGGACGCCGUCGUUGCUGCUGAGUAGGGCAGGCGAACGAUCAGCGUCGUUUACAUCUUUAACCCUCGCCUUUAAGAGGAUGUUGUCACUUGCGGGCAGCUCACAAGCUGGACGUAUUUUACGACUACCUUUUACAAAAGAGCUUCAUAGCCCAUCGGAUUCCCACAGUAUGAAUACAUACUUUGAAUCUGAUUGAACGAACGAAAUUCCUAACCGCUGAACAGAAUUAGUGAUACAGUACUAUGACCCGCGGUUGUCUGUCAUGCAUUCUGCGCCAACUCUCACGCUCCAUGAAUAUGGAGAACUAUUGUACCGCAUUUGUUGUUAUUUAUAAUUUGGCUCCCAAUAAUUUUAGAGGAGUUGAGCCUUCAGCAGGGGUGGGGGUACCCCCCCCCCCCUAUGCUACGGAGCUGCAGGUGGGUCUCACCAGUGCAUUGUGCUCGUAUGGUUAUGGAUGUCUGUGUCCAACAUCAGGACUAUUUAACUAUUUUUUCGCUAGACAUCGAACAAAAGCGGCCACUGCAUCGCGCCCUUUCAGGUGCGCUUCUGCGGCCGUCUGGAACGCUCUCCCUUCCGUUAUUCGGAAGCCACCUGGGGCCAUGCACUUUUAAAUCAUCCAGAUUGAAAACUCAUCUCUUUCGAACUGAUUUUUUUGUGUUUAGUUUGUUCGUCCUUCCCCCGCACCUCCGAUGAGCACGGUUGGCUACGUACGGUGUGAAAUAAGUUCACCAUACCGUAUACAGGUACAUACGACUCGGUUUUUUUUAAUCCAAUACAGGAGAUUCGAGAUUUUUCUAUCAAUUGUCGCCCCCUGCUGACCAGCGCGUGCAUUCAACGUGCGCGCGACACGUGGCACGGAAUCCGUGUUACAGGACCAUGAAUCUGGUGAUGGUGUGCACCGCUGUCAAAUUAUUAUCAGUGAUGCACAAGAAAGGUAGCACGUUCGUCAAUGUAAAAUAUAAAUAUAAUGAGAGAAGUUUUGGGGCAAUGGCCCUCCUUCAUAGCACACACACAAAAAAAAAACAAUUUGAUGAUUGAUUGGUUGGAAAAAAAGUGACUUUGCGAAGAUUAUAUGUAUCUUGUUCGGUCACUUUAUUUCGGGCAAGGCUCUUUGGGGCGUCAUGUUAGUGAGGUGUUAAAUACCUCGCCUGGUAUACAUGAGGUCGUGGGUCCAUUCCCAACCCCUGACGCUUGUAUAUUUGGAGUUUGAAUGUUCUCCCCGUGGUCUCGUGGAUUUUGCUCCGCUCUUCCGGUUUUCCUUCCACAUUCAGAAUCAACAUGCGUUUAGAAGUGUUUGCUGCUAUAAAUGUCCACGUGAUAAGCUACUUCCUUGAGCUAUCAUUUGUGAUCAGGUUACUUUGAAAAAGAGAGCUUUACCUGGGAAAAUAAAAAAUAGCUUAAAUCAAAAUAGUUUAAUAGUUAAGAAGUUAUUUGUCAGUGGUGACUCAUUCGCCAAUAACACGUAAAUCAUGUUUGUGCUAUGAAGAAGGCGAUCGUCUAAAACGUUGACUAUUACUAUGAAUAUCGCCCCCCCCCCCCCUCCACUUAAGGCCAAGGUAGUAUUAACGAAUGUUUUUUUUUUAUGAACGGUACGUGUGGUACAAUUCAGUUUAUGUUUCCAGUUCUAAACUUGAGUUUGCAAAACCAAAUCUUCGAAUUAUUUUUUACAACGUCUGGUUAGUCCUCUUUUUUAUAAAGACCUUCCCCAUGCCACUUGAGUCAUGGGGGUUGUUUGGCCAUACUUCGCCAUUCUGGUCAGUGCGGUUUCGUGAAGGUUGGAGGAGGGGUGGGGAUGGUGUUUUAAGGAUCACUUCAGAUAUUACUCGCCACUGAUGUUAGCCGUGACUCAAAAGUUCACCAGCAAAGUGGCGCGUUGCAUUAAUCCUGGGGGUGCGAGAGAUAGCCGGAUUGAUUUUAUAAAGUAAAUCGAAACACAAAUUAGGCACGUGCAACUGCUUGUUUCAUCAAACCUAUGUAUUUUUUUUUUACGAUUGACAACCAAAAGGGGCGCAAGGCUGCAGCAAAUGUUAAGAACGUUUGCGCUAACAACUAUGCCACUGAUACUCUCAUAGUUGCUACAAUUGCAAUUGUUCCAAUUUUUUUUCAUCUCGAAGCCGCGCACAUCAACAGAUAUAUCGGCCCCGUCUCUCCUUUCUUGAAUAAUAAGAUCGGGUGCUUGAAACCGCACACCUACCCGGCAUUUCGUUUCUGUGAAGAAGACGUCGUUAAUGACAAGCGUGGUGAGACGUUUUCUUUCAUUCGUGCCACUUGCUGGAAGGCUGGCCCUGGUACACCCAAGUGAACACAGAGUCCGUGCAGGUACCGUAUUCUCUGGAUUAUAAGACGCACUCGAAAAUAAGACGCGUUCCCUCCCCCCCUCCGCCUCCCCCCGACCAAAACGUGUGCCCGGUGUCAAUAAACGUAUACAAAUCACGUCGUAUAAACACACACACACAACUCUUCAAUCAUCAUUCACAGCCUGUGCAACUUUUAUUUUCAACUACAGAGGGGGGAGUAGUGCGCCUUAACAUUGGUGAAUACGGUCAUUCACACUCGUAGCGUACUCGUAUGGUGGUGGUGAGGAUGAUAGAUGAAGCACACACAUAUUUUUGACAUUUGCUUUUGGAGUUGAAAGACUGAAAAGCGUUCCUGGUUAGCCAACUUUGCAUUUCAUUAUUAUCAUUACCAGCAAGUCCGUUUUCGAGUGGCACACAUUCACCGCAAGCGCAUAAACACCGUUGUCUUUUUAUUGCAGGGACUGGACGGGUAAUUCAUCGGCUGAAAGAUAAAAUAAUAUUCUAUUCGUAUCCUACAACACGUGCAUUAUAUAGCCUUCGUGUGUCGGGCCCUUUGUAGUGGUGGUUGGUGGUGUAGAAAUUGUGGUAAAUGUUUGCACCCCCCCUCUUCGAGACGAUUAAUAACCGUGACGUUACGUACGCGCAGUUGUGUCGAUUUCCCCACGAAACGCAACUUAGUGUGUGCUGGCUGUCCAUUGGUGAAUAUGUAAAACAAUGUGAAUUAUCUCUCGAAUAAUAAUAAUACGAAUAACAGCUCCUAUCCACGGGAUAUUAAAAAAAAAACCUGCAUUGCUUUAGUGCGAUGCAAUGAUGUACAUGUGUAUGAGACUCACACGUGAAUAUGUACAUGUGCAUUUGUGUAUACAAUGUGUCUAUAUGGUGUACGUGAAUAUACCUACGUGUCGUUGCGACGAUGCACACACACACACAAACGUCGUGUGUGCGUGUGUACAAAUGCAUGCGCAUACAUAUACAGUUUGGACACAUGUAUCCACACCUCGCGUUGUACAUAUUUCCAGGAUGCCUUUACGAACAACAACAAAAACCACUCCAGUAGAGAGAUCUUGCGAGAGCUGACAAUUUACAAACAAACACAAGGGCAGUGAUUUUGACCGCACGCAACUUAUUCGUACAUCGCGAGCCAGUGUCCUUAAGAAGUUCAACGCGCAUUUGUCAUCCGUCAGUGUUUCUCUCUCACUCGCCAGACACCUUGAAAACCCAACUGAGCCGAAAGAAAUUCCAGCCCUACCCCCACGACCCGCCUCCCUUGUCGAGUUGUCAGUGUCUCCUUGCCAGCGUGGGUCUCUCGUGCAUGUAAGUGCUGUGUGUAUAAGGGGGGGGGGGGGUGUUGUGUAAGGGGGGUCGUUCAAUACACGUGGAAUGUGAGUGCGAGUUGUAUGUACAUUUACCCGUAGGCUAUAAAUAUAUUUUUAUGCAACGAUAAUGUCAUCCGAAUGCCAACCCUUGCCCACCAUCACAACAAACAAACCCACUUGUGCGCGAGUUCGAAACGGUAGUCUAGCGGUUAGCACCCUUCGCUACGAACCCGGCGACCUGAGUUCGAUUCUCGCUCACGGCCAACACCAGUGACGAUUAUCUGAACCGGUCCUGGGCUUCCCCUAGGUCGACUCAGCCUCAAAUGACUACCUGGUGCGGGCCUCUCCACCCCUCGUGCGCCGUGCCGGCCUUCAUAGGUGCUCGCGAACAGCACUUGCCCCUACAGUCUGUUAAAGGCUAUACGGGGGAUCUUUGUCUUUGAAGCCCUCCACGUGCCGUCCGUUGACACGUCACAAACGGAAGGGGCACGUGAGGACCGCGUGGCCACUCGUUUUAAUCGACGACAAUAAGUUAACCGGUGAAGUAUAUAACUCGUUAUUUGUAAGGUGUGCCCGGCGUCAUGAGACCAGUCCUCUUGUAUCAACUAUAAAGUGCUCAAACAAACCUGUGGGUUAUAAUAUGCGUUAUCUAUUAUAUAUGUGAGCGUGUGUAAAUUGAUAAACAGUAAAUAUAUCUGCAUGUGCAUAUAUAAAGUUAUACAUGCAUAUACCAAUAUAUGCAUAUAUACUGGAAGUCUGUAUAUGACCAAUGCUCGAUAUGCAUAUUUGCAUAUGAAUACAUGCAUAUAUCAAUAUAUGUAUAUAUAAGUGGACCCUUGUACAUAAAGCAUAUAUGCACACACAGGAUGAGACCAAGUUUUGUUUUGUCGUCGAGUUUUGGUGAUGGGACAAGUGAUGAACACGUGCUUUGUUACGUGAGUCGAAUGUUCAACUUGUAUAUCGUAUAUACACCAUAACCAACACCUCGGAAAAAAUGUGUUCAUAGACACUGCAAUAGCGACAAUACUCCGUAUCCUAUUCGUGUUGUCUCAAGUACAAUUAACAUGGCGCAUUCCGAAUUCAUUAUCUUGGUAUUUAAACCUCAAACACGAGCGACUGAUACCUUAUUUUUCCCGCACGCAGUGUACAGUAUAAGUAUUAUUAUGAUUAUGGUUAUUAAUUAUGAUUUGUUUGUCUGUAUAUAAAGUACAUAAAUAUACAUACAAAUAUAUGCCGAGUUAAUUUAAUAAAUAAUACAAAAGCAAAAAAACACACAAAACAUAGGAAUGAAACGGUGGCACGGAUACAAAACAACGGCGAACAUCGUCAGGAAUGCGCAGGACAUCGGCGCCGGUGUGGGCUGAACGAUUAUUGGAACCGAAUUCGAGCCCGUCAGUUCCCAACUUUUGGCCCGUGUGUGCCCAGGGGUUGGGCCCUCCUCGUGCUGGGUCAGUGGGGGUGGUUAAAGCCUCGUGCGCGCGCGGGUUGCUGCGUUUCCUACCGGUCAGUAGAAACCCGAGCCGUGCCGUGCCCAAGACGUUGUUGGAACGGCCCCCAGCCACGUGCUCGUUUCUUAUCCCAACGAUGGGACUUGGGGGGGAGGGGAGUGGAAGACGUUGGGCUUUAAAGGGGCGACAUGUUAAGCGUGAAACCAAUAAUAAACCAUGCUACCA